GCAAAAAUUGGAACUCUUCUUCGCGGCGACGCCCACCAAACCACCCAGGACGGAAGCCACCAAGACAGCAAUCCUGCUCAGCAUCGCCGGUGAAGAAGCCCUCGACAUCUACAACAACUUCUCGUUCGCAGAAGGGUACGGGCUGUGUCGGAAGGCGAUACCGGAUGGUCCUGCGGGAGGAUGCUGUUCCAGUCGUGCACCCAGCCCGACGGGUACCGUUGGCCCUCAGGGAGCCUCUUCGACAAGAACUGGAACGCAUGGAAACGGCCUCCAUUAUCAAGAAGGUCGACGAACCGACAGAAUGGUUCGUGCCUGGCAAGGACCUGGUUCUGGCGGACAUGUUGUCGCGUGCACCCGUGCCAUCGCAGUCAUCGAGUGCCUUGACAGACGUCGACAUCCAUGCGACAGAGGUCGUCUCCGGCAUCGUAAGCACGCCAAUGAAGGUACGCCUGGAAAAGGAAACCAGGAACGACCCGUAUUUGAGCGAGGUGAGAGAACGAAUCUCACGGGGUGAAGCCAUCGAAGGUGAACUCAAGCCCUUUGCCGGAGAGCUGUCGGUGGUAGAAGGAGCCCUACUCAAGGGCUGCAAAGUGGUAAUACCCAAAGCAAUGAGAGGAGAAAUUCUUCGACGAAUACAUGAUGGACACCUCGGACUAAAUAAAUGCAAGGCGAGAGCACGCAGAUUGGUAUUCUGGCCUGGACUCAGCAGUGCGAUUGACUCCUUCAUUCGGGGGUGCAGUACUUGCCAGAGGUAUGCAUACAAGCAACCGAGUGAGCCCCUUAUCAUGCAGCCAACACCGGACAGGCCAUGGCACCGAGUGGGAAUUGACCUUUUUCAGUUCGGGGGAGCCUCCUAUGUCAUCGUAUAUGAUGCCCACUCCAAUUUCCCUGACGUAGAGAAGCUAAGAAGCACAACGGCCAAAGAAGUCGUAGAUAAAAUAUCUGGCAUUUUCUCACGGUACGGCAUCCCGGUUCAAGUAUGUACUGACAAUGGGCCCCAGUUUGGAUCCCAAGAUUUCCGAGAGUUCGCGCAAAAAUAUGACUUUCAGCACAUCACAUCGAGUCCAGAAUUUCCGCGGUCAAAUGGACUGGCUGAAAAGGGGGUCCAGAUUGUUAAGCGCAUCCUAAAGAAGACCAGUGACUCCCAUGGGGACUUUUGGUUGGGUCUUUUGGCAUAUCGGUCAUCCCCACUAGAAGAUGGUCGCUCUCCGGGCGAACUACUGCAAGGCCGGCACCUUCGCACGACCCUUCCCAAGUACCAAGAUGAUCCCGGCACUACAGUGGAAAAGCGUCGCCAGUCUUCGAAGGGAAAGGCACUACCACCGCUCGAAAGUGGAACUUCAGUGCGCAUUCAUAAUGGAGACUGGUCACGCACCGCGACAGUAAGCGAGCAAGCCGCACCAAGAUCGUACCUGGUGAAGACGGAGGACCAGCGGAUGCUGAGGCGAAACAGGCAACACCUACUGCGCAUGCCCGGAAACGGUACAAGCGAAGAUCAAGACCAGGACGCCGAAAUCCCCGAAGACAUGUUCGAUCGGGACAAAAGCCAGAACUGCAAUACACCGGGAGAACAAGCGCACCGAGACCAACAAGACAUGGUGGAGCCGACAACUAUAACGCAAGGUGCCGACCAUGAAGGUUUCUAUGGCGGCUUCGUCCUACGCGAAAAGCCCGGCACCGGCGAGCGUGCAGAAAUCUGGCCUUCGAUUGUGCGCCGGUAG